AUGAUGCUGGAAUUUCGGGCUGGUAAAAUGCAUUUGGAGGGCAAAAGGGUAGUCCCUGAUACCCGGAAAGGGCUGGUUCGUAUAGACAGGGGAGAAGAGGGAUUGAUUCAUUUUCAGUGGCUUGAUCGUACCCUUAAUGCUGUUGAAGAUGAUCAGAUAAUUUUUCCAGAAGAGGCAGUUUUUGAGAAGGUCGGUCAAGCAUCAGGAAGGGUCUACAUCUUGAAGUUCAACACAGAUGACCGGAAAUUUUUCUUCUGGAUGCAGGAAUCUAAUGCUGAUGGAGAUGAGGAGCUAUGUGCCUCUGUCAACUACCACAUCAAUAGACCAUUAGAGAUCCUGGAAGAAGAGCCAGAUACUUCUGCUCUUCAAACGUCCGAGGAAAUGGUUGAAGAUGACAUUUCAUCACGAGCUGGAAACAUAGUGCUUCCAAACCUAGGUUCAGGAUCAAUGAGUGAUGUUACCUCUUCAUCCGGACCAGUAAGAUUGGAAGAUUUACAACGAAUAUUGAGCAAUAUCGAACCUGGAGAGAGUGCUGGAGAUCCAGAUGGAGGUUUUGGAUUGGGGGAUAUCUUUAGGCCUGAUCUAAUAAUGCCAUUGAUGGAUACAUUGCCAGUAGAAGAACGAUUGGCAUCUUACCUUCCAGAGGGUCCAUGGACUCCAGAGGAUAUUCUAGAGUUGCUGCAGAGCCCACCUUUCCGUCAGCAAGUAGACUCUUUUACCUAUGUGUUGAAGACUGGGCAGAUUGAUCUAUCUCAGUUUGGUGUUGAUCCCAGUAAAUAUCGAUUCACAGUAUCUUCUUUUCUCGAGGCUCUAGAAGAUUCAGUAACAAAAGCAGAGGAUUCAAGACCUGAGGAAAAGGACUUGAGAUCCGAGUCUCGGAAUGAACCCAUGGACGAGAGUCGCUGA